CAGGACGGGGACACUGGCCUUAGCACGGGCCGGGCUGGCGGAGUUGACGCCCCUGGCGGGGGCGGCGCUAGCGGGGCGGGACUCGAGCCCCCCCCCCAGACCGGGGCGCGCGCCUGACGCCAUCCCAGCGCGCCCGGCCCCUCCGCCCGGCCCGGGGCUUGUUAGUGUCCGGCCGGCUCGAGGGCAUGUGGGCAGAGAGAUGGUGCCGGCACCGGGCUUGGGGCUCUCCUGACUUUGCUGCUGUUGCUGACCAUGGGUCUGAAAGCUGAGGCCCAGCCUCGAGCUGAGGAGACUCCCGUCAGAGUGGCCGUGCGCAUUCGACCCCUGCUGCCCAAGGAGCUGUUGCAUGGACACGAGGCCUGCCUGCACGGGGACCCAGAGACCAACGAGGUGACCCUGGGGCGUAACCGCCAUUUCCACUUUGAUGCUGUCUUCACCGAAUCCUCAAACCAGGAGUCUGUGUAUGGCGCCUGUGUGCAGCCGCUUGUCGAGGCCUUCUUUGAAGGCUUCAACGUUACUGUGUUUGCUUAUGGCCAGACAGGCUCGGGCAAAACGUACACCAUUGGGGAAGCAAGUGUCUCUUCCAUCAAUGAGGAUGAGCAGGGCAUCAUCCCACGUGCCAUGGCUGAGACCUUCAAACUCAUUGAUGAGAAUGACCUGAUUGACUACACAGUCAGAGUCUCCUACCUGGAGGUGUAUAAGGAGGAGUUCCAGGACCUGCUGCAGGUGGAAACGGCCAGCAAGGACAUCCAGAUCCGUGAGGACGACAAGGGCAAUAUUGUAUUGUAUGGGGUGAAGGAAACCGAAGUGGAGGGGCUGGAUGAGGUCCUGAGCCUGCUGGAAAUGGGCAACACGGUCAAGCACACGGGAGCCACCCACAUCAACACACAGUCGAGCCGUUCGCACACCAUCUUCACAGUAACCAUGGAGCAGCGGCGCGGAGCUGGCCGACUCACCCGCCUCACCCUCCACGACAGGGCCUCGGUCCCGGCCUCCGGCCAAGUCCUGGCUUCCAAAUUCCACUUUGUGGACCUAGCGGGCUCAGAGCGGGUGGUAAAGACUGGAAACACAGGGGAGCGCCUGAAGGAGAGUAUCCAGAUCAACAGUGGCCUGCUGGCUCUGGGCAAUGUGAUCAGCGCCUUGGGAGACCCCCGCAGGAAAUGCAGCCACAUUCCCUACAGGGAUUCCAAAAUCACCAGGAUCCUGAAAGACUCCCUGGGGGGGAAUGCCCAGACUGUCAUGAUCGCCUGCGUCAGCCCUUCCUCCUCUGACUUCGAUGAGAGUCUCAACACGCUGAACUACGCCAGCCGAGCUCAGAACAUCAAGAACAAGGCCAUGGUGAACUGCCGCAGGGAGACAGAGCAUGUAGAGGAGCUGCAGCUUCAAAUAAAGAACCUGCAGAGGGCGCUGGAGCAGCGGCACCGCUCGGAGACCCGUAUCAUAAACCGCUCCGACGCUGCCAAGCGGUGCCCACAAGACCACACGGCCCGCUUGCUGGCAGAGUGCGCUCACUACAGGACAUGCACGGACGCUGCCUACCAGCUCCUGAUGGAACUGCAGGGGGAGGGCAACCUGACCGUGGAGCAGAUCCUGCGAGUAAAGGAGUGGUUGUGUGCGGUUGAGAGCGAGAGGAGCGAGCUGACCUCUGCCUCUGGACUGGAUAGCGGCAUUGAGAGCACCUCAGCAGAGGAUCGGCGCCCCCAGGCACAAGGCUCAAAGCCACCACAGACUCAGGUGAGCACAGAGAAAGCAUGUGAGGCAGCCAGAGACGAGCACCUGGCCCAGCUGCAGAGACAGGUGGAGCGUCUGGAGGAGGAGAACCGUGACUUCCUAGCUGCCCUGGAGGAUGCCAUGGAGCAGUACAAACUGCAGAGCAACAAGUUGCAGGAGCAGCAGGAUGCCAUCUCGGAGCUACAUGUGUGCCUGGAGAUGGCGAUGCCAGACCUGCAGGUGCCGGAGCUGCUGCAGAACAUUCACCUGGUGGAGCUCGCCCAGAGACCUCACACGGCCCCGCUGGAUACCACGCGGUCCCAUGGCCUCAGCCUGGUCCAGUCGAGGCCGUCCCACACGAGCCAGAGCAGAAGAGUCCAUUGUGGAAAGCUCAGCAGCAGCCCAUCCCACCUGGGGGAGGAUCUGGUGGUGCAUUGCCAAAGCCGUGCCUGCAGUCUGGAGGCCAAAGACGUGAUGCUGAUGAGGGAAUGCAGUGAGGACUCUGAGCCAUCCUUGGACGGAGAGGGGGAGCAGAAACGGUCCCUGCACCAGCGCAGAAAUGGGAUCCGAAGCUGGAGCAAGAAGGACGUUUCCAGCAAGGUGUGUGAGGAGCAGAGCAGAGGCAACUCAUUGCACAGGCAGGAGGAGCCCCCGGAACUGGCCAAAGAGGCCUGCGGGAGAAGAGAGCAGGCUGGUCCCAGGGAAGGCCUUUCAGGGAAGGACUCAGAGCGGCGGCUGGUGCAAGCCCAGCAGAAGAUCCGGGAGCUUGCAAUAAACAUUCGCAUGAAGGAGGAGCUGAUCGCAGAGCUCAUCAAGACAGGCAAGGAUGCCCAGGCCAUGAACAGACAGUACUGCCAGAAGAUCUUUGAGCUGGAGCAGGAGGCGGAGCAGGUGCGAGCAGAGCUGAGCAGUGGCCAGAAGCAGCUGCAGGAACUGGAGGGGAAGGAGCCCCAGGAUGCUGGAGAGAAAUGCAAACUUCAGGAAUAUCGCACGAGGGUUGCAGCAGCCCAGAGCAAGGCACGGGUGCUGCGAGAGAAGAAGCAAGCGACGGAGAGGCUGGUGUCGCUGUCUGCCCAGAGCGAGAAGCGGGUGCGGGAGCUGGAAAGGAACGUCGAGCUGAUGCGGCGGCAGCAGGGGCAGCUGCAGAGGCGCCUGCGUGAGGAGACGGAGCAGAAACGCCGCCUGGAGACGGAGAUGCACAAGCGGCAGCACCGAGUCAAGGAGCUGGAACUGAAACAUGAGCAGCAUCAGAAGAUCCUGCGCAUCAAGACGGAGGAGAUUGCAGCUUUCCAGAGGAAACGGAGGAGCGGCAGCAAUGGGUCUGUGAUCAGCCUGGAGCAGCAGCAGAAAAUUGAGGAGCAGAAGAAGUGGCUGGACCUGGAAAUGGACAAAGUCCUUGAGCAGCGUCGCGCCCUGGACGAGCUGGAGGACGAGCUGAGGAAACGGGAAGCCAUAGUGGCCAAAAAGGAAGCGCUGCUGCAGGAGAAGAACGGCCUGGAGAAGAAGAGACGCCGGUCCAGCCAGGCCUUGACGGAUGACAUCGUGCGUGUGUCCAGCCGCCUGGAACUCCUGGAAAAGGAGCUGACGGAGAAAAGCGGACAGCUCCGUCAUGGCAGCGCCCACGAUCAGCAGCAGAUCCGGCAGGAGAUCAAUAGCUUGCGCCAGGAGAAGGACCAGCUGCUCAAACAAAGGCUGGAGAUAGACAACAAGCUGCGCCAGGGCACCCUGCUAUCCCCGGAGGAGGAGCGGAUCCUGUUCCAGCUGGACGAGGCUAUUGAGGCUCUGGAUGCUGCGAUCGAGUACAAGAACGAGUCAAUCACAUGCAGACAGCGGGUCCUGCGGGCCUCGGCCAGCCUGCUGUCCCAGUGCGAGAUGAACCUCAUGGCCAAGCUCAGUUACCUCUCCUCCUCCGAGACCCGAGCUCUGCUCUGCAAGUACUUUGAUAAGGUGGUGACCCUGCGAGAGGAUCAGCACAGGCAGCACAUUGCUUUCUCCGAGCUGGAGAUGCAGCUGGAGGAGCAACAGCAGCAGGUGUACUGGCUGGAGGUAGCCGUGGAGCGCCAGCGCCUGGAGAUGGACCGCCAGCUCACCCUGCAACAGAAGGAGCACGAGCAGAACAUCCAGUUCCUGCUCCAGCAGAGCCAAGAGCACAUGGGCGAGGGGCUGGCCAGCAGCAAGCUACAGUUUGAGGGAAGAAUCCAAGUGCUGGAAAAAGAAUUGAGCCGCUACGUGUGGGCAAACCAGGUGCUGAACCAGAGGCUGAGUAAUCUGAGCCACCCAGGACAGAGCAAAGGAGCGGACAGAAGCAUGCUUGGAGCUGGGGACAGACCACCUGCUGUACUUGGGACCUGUGAAGAAUCGGGCACUGGUAUUGUGGAACAGCAGGUGCAGGUGGCUGUCACUGAAGGAAGCCAUAAGUGCAGGGAUGAGAAUAGGGAAUUGGUGCAUGCACCUUUACCAUCCACAUGGAGGCGCUCUUCACUACCCAGUGACAGCCCUUUGGGCCCAGAGGGGAUUCAGCAGAGAGAGGCAGAGUACCUGCUGAGACUUGGGCAGCCCCAGGAGGUGGUUCUGCCAUGGAACCUGGCUCCUCUGCCCAAACCCUGGAGGGAGCUGCGCAGAGCCAGCCUCAAUGUUGCUCCAGUGCCCUCCCAUCCAGGAAUGAUUGAUGUCAGGAGAAACCCAGUCUAGACUCAAGCUUUGAACCCUAACUAACUGUGCACAGCGCUGGGAGGAGCAAUCACUGCAACAGGUAGCUAGUAAAUACCUUCCUGCUCUGCCUAGGCAGCUUGGCUACAAACAUACUGCAUUUCAUUGAGGACUGGGCUGGGACAUUUUCACCACAAGGAAAAAUUGUUAAAAAGGCAGCUGAUGGGAGGUGUAGUCAGUUCCACUUUGGUGUCCCAGCCCAGUUGUGUUAGCUGGGCAGUCUUCCCCUUCUCCCCCCUCCCACCCCAUCCACAGCAGCUUCCCCAGGCAGAGCUCUGGUCAGGGCCUCUACCACUAUGGACUUAUGUUUACAGUUCUGGAGCCUGCCUGCUGGCAUCUCCCUAGGGGAAAGCCUCUAUUGGCUGCAGCAGGGGGAGCUGCUUUCUGACACUAGCACUACGUGUAGGGGGACUUGUAAAUAUCUUUGUAGUAACUUUUUUACAUUUCUGCUGUAACUUUCUAAUAAAGCAGCCUGAGUUUUAUUAAAUCACUUGUGUCACAGCCUCCUACACUCUCUCAACCCCUGAGGGUGAGGCACUGGCUUGGGAACA